UUUUCCUUCAUCUAUUCUACGCUGGACAAACAAAAUCUCGGCUACCAAUGUCGAACACGUAUAAGACGAUGGAUGAUCGAGCACUUGAGGAAGGUGCCAUUGGACUUCCCACAAGUGGGGAGAUCAGUCCUAAUCAGGACUGGGAGAACCCACUUGCAGUGCGAUCAGCUUCGCAGUCACCCAGUCCUCCAGCAUUUAUCCCUCGAACGAACGAGAAUGACCCUAGACGCUCUGCUACAGACGAACUCGCGCAUUUCAGACGGCCUAGACAGGGUCAUUCCCGACCUCUUAGCAAGGCAACAUAUGAAUCAGUUAUUGUACCAGAAACCCGUCGCCCGGGCGGCGUUAUCCACCUAGACCCCGGAGAGCCUGGACUCUGGUUGGUAGAUCAUCAUCUCUACGGCCUCAUCGAAGAGAUUGUGCCCUCGGAAAUCGAGAGCUUUCCGCAACGCAUAAUUAGUUGCGUGAAACUCUUGUUGGGUGAUCCUCCUCAGGGCCAACGACUCAAUAAGAAGAAGAAACCAGAGGAGACAUACCGCAUAAGUUUCGCUGAGAUGCAACGGAUGCAUUUGCGUAAGCUUCAAAUCAGCCUAGUUGAUCACGCCGUGACGAUGUAUAGCAAGAAGGAGGAGUCCAAUAACUGGGAGAGAGACUUAGCUGCGUACAUUCAAGCAAUGAAAGACUACGAUUAUAUGGUAGAAUGUAGCAGGCGAGAGCGCGACCCCUGCCUGGUCACAGGGGAACGCAAAAUUGACCAUUAUGUCACACAAAAGGUCGUUAAAGCUGUUUUGGAUAAAGUCGGCCGAGACCAAUUGGAAAAGCCAGACGAGGUGCACCCAUUAGGACCAUGGGAGCAUGACAGUGAGCCCAUAGGAGGAACAAGAACGAGUACUUUGAAAGCGCUGUCGUUUAAGGACUUCCGUGAUCGCCUCUUUCUGGCUACUCUAGGAGCUGCCCUCUUGCUGGGUCCCAUGUGGCUGAUGGUCCUCCACAAUACGCUGUAUACGUGCCUUGUCACGACGACCGUGUGCGUGGCUGCUUUUGGGCUUGUCGUCGUAUUUUGGCUGGAUAAGCGGAUGGAUGUGGUCUCAGCCACAGCGGCGUAUGCGGCUGUGUUGGUGGUUUUUGUUGGUUUGACCACUGAUUCGUCCUGAGCCGUAUGGCAGACAUCCUCAGGCGACGAGAAUGCCUCUCCUGCUAAAGUAUCUAUAGUGACUCUAUUUAGAUACGUCAUUGCUCUUCUUAAUAUCUGGGUCAUAUUCCAUCAGAUCAAGGCUGGCGUCAACCGGUACAUGGAGUUCCCAGGUGCUCUGCCCUGCAGCACCAGCUAUCAGUUCAAAUAUUAUCGCUACAAUCA